AGAGAAACUAAGGUUGAUAAAACUAUGGCAAACGGAUGUGCGUUUCUACAGAGCACCUUCUCAGCCGGCGACCGUACGGUCAUCUGUCCAAGACCUCGAAGACUUUUCGCCGCCUCCGCCGUCCGCCCUCUCCGAUGCUCCGCCGCUUUUCCGUCGGAGACUUCGGAUCCGAAAUCCACUAACGAUCUGGUCGACAUCCUUUUCCCAAAGCAAUCGGAUUCUACGCCACCCUUUUUUUGUGGCUCGCCGCCGUCCAGAUCCGACAACCCGGUGGUCCACGACGCCCGUUUCGGCGAGGCGGUUCUGGCCGCUCCGGUUCCCUUCGUUCCAACGUUGAUCGGAUCCGGAUCCACAUCCGCCGCGUCGCGGAGCGGCUGUACCCGUGUCCGUUACGGCCUCACGCCCGCCGCCGUCCGCGUCGAGGGUUUUGAUUGCCUCGACCGUGAGAGCAGCCGCAGCCGCGGCAUCCCAGCCUUCGCAUAGGUCCUCCCGCAUAGUUGUAGUAUGCGGUUACUAAAAAAAAUUUGAAAUCCCUGCUUCUUUAAAGGGUAAGAGAGCCCAGGAGAAGAUUAACUAAAAUUGCUGAGCCAAAGACAAAAAAUUCGAGAUUAAUUAUAUAUUUACUUGUAAAUCUUGGAAGUUUUAAAUGGUCUUUGAUGGAAUUUUUGUGUAUGUAAAUAUAAUGAUGAAAGCAAGGUGAGAUCUUUAUGUAGAAUUUUAAUAUUUAGAGUCAUUGGGUCUGUAAUUAUGUAAAUAUAUCUUUUAUUUAAUGUCAGAAAUUAAGGUUUUAUUAUGGCUUAUUAAA